AUGAAACUCAUAAGUUGGAAUGCACGGGGUUUGGGGAACCCGGGUGCAUUACGCCAUCUCCGAUUGCUUGUUCAACAACAAUCGCCCCAUGUUUUGUUUCUUAUGGAAACAAAACUCGCUGAUAACUCUAUUACAAGAUUGCGUCUUUUGUUAAAGUUCUCUAACGGUUUGGAAGUUGCUCGGAUUGGUUUAAGUGGUGGAAUUAUGCUUCUUUGGUCUGAUGAAAUUGAUGUUACUUUGCUGAAUAUGGGGCCGACUUUUUUUGACUGCUACAUGAAGUUCAAUGGCAGUCCAAGCUUCCAUUUUACGGGGUUUUAUGGAGCUCCCGAUCUUGCUAGUAAAUCUGCCUCCUGGACUCUUUUUCAGCGUUUUGGUGAUGUUGCUCCUCUCCUCCCAUGGCUUGCAAUUGGAGACUUCAAUGAAAUUUUAUCUAACAAUGAUAAAUCCGGAGGAAGUUUUAGGCGAGAGUCACACAUGGAAGCCUUUAGAACAUCUUUAGACAAAUAUUUUCUGCAAGAAGUGCCUUACAAUGGUGAUCCUUUCACCUGGACAAAGAACCGUACUACUCCUCAUGCACUUAAAGAACGUCUUGAUUGGUGCUUCAUAAAUAAUAAAUGGUCGACUCACUUUCACCUACCCACUGUUGAUCACCUUGAUUAUUUCAACUCAGAUCAUAGGGCCAUAGCUGUGAGUUUUUCCUUCCUUUCUCAGACCGAAACUCCAGCAAGGAGUAAGAGCAGAUUUCGUUUUGAAAAGCUUUGGCUUGCUGACCCAGAAAGUGUUGAAAUCAUCAUGAAAAGUUGGAACUCCAGCAUUAUUUCUGAUCCUAUUACUGCCGUGUUAGACAACCUCAGCACUUGUGCAAAAAAUUUGCAAAGUUGGCACAUCGGAAAGUAUGGAAAAAUGAAGAAGACUAUCAAUUCUCUCCAGUCUAAAGUGGCUGACUUGAAUAACUCAAAUUCCAGCAGCUCCGAUCACUUUCAAGAGUUACACAAUGCAGAAAUUGUCCUUGAGGAUCUUUUGGAGCAAGAAGAGGUGUAUUGGCAACAACGUUCAAGGGUUGAUUGGCUUUCUUGUGGGGACCGUAAUACGAAGUUUUUUCAUGCUAAAGCUUCCUCACGAAAAUCUAACAACAAAAUAAAGUUUCUACACAACUCUUUGGGUCAAAAAGUGUACUCUAAAGAAGAUAUUGCAGCUGUUGUGCAAGCCUUUUACUCUGACCUUUUCUCAUCCACAUCUGUUGAUGAAGAAGCUCUCAACUCUACUCUCUCAUGCAUUCCUACCACGGUCAGUGCUGAAUUAAAUGCAUCUUUAGUUAAGCCUUUUACUCCGGAUGAGGUAUAUACGGCGUUGCACUCCAUGGGUCCUGACAAAAGCCCGGGAAUUGAUGGCAUGUCGGCUAUGUUUUAUCAGAAAAAUUGGACAACCGUUGGUGAUUUGGUGACCAAAGUUGUUCUAAGCAUUCUCAAUGACAAUGCCGACCCUACUGCUUUAAACAAGACCCUCAUCACACUAAUUCCAAAGGUUAAGAAGCCUCAACAUAUACAAGAGUAUCGCCCAAUUAGCCUCUGCAAUGUCAUCUCGAAGCUUGUUACUAAGGUUCUUGUUUCUCGAUUUAAAUUGGCCCUCCCUAUGGUUAUCUCUGAGGAACAAAGUGCAUUUCUACCGAAUCGCCUCAUCACUGAUAAUGUCCUGGUUGCAUUUGAGUUGGUGCAUGCUAUUAAAAAUAAAACUGCGGGACGUAAUGGCAUUGCUUCUUUCAAGCUAGACAUGAGUAAGGCCUUCGAUCGGGUUGAGUGGAAGUUUAUUGAAGAAGUUAUGAGGAAAAUGGGGUUUGCCGAACGAUGGAUCUCUCUUAUCAUGAGCUGCCUUACUACCAAUAACUUCUCUUUUAUCAUUAAUGGAGAAGUUAUGGGAGAUUUAACACCAUCUAGAGGGCUUCGACAGGGAUGUCCCUUAUCCCCAUAUUUGUUUUUAAUUUGUUCUGAAGGGUUCUCACGAUUGCUUCAGCAUGAGCAAGAAAGUCACAACUUAAUGGGUUUCAAGCUAACAAGACACGUUCCUCCUAUCACUCAUUUAUUUUUUGCUGAUGAUAGUCUACUUUUUUGUCAAGCAAAUGAGAGGUCAUGCUUAGCCAUUAAACGAGUGUUGGACACUUAUCAUAAAGCCUCUGGACAAGAGCUCAACCUUGACAAAUCGGUAAUGUCUUUCUCUCCAAACACAACUCUGGCUGCACAAGUUUUUUUCCAUCAACAACUUUCCAUGCCUAUUUGUGAAUGUCAUGAAAAGUAUUUGGGAUUGCCCUCAUACUCUGGCCGAGACAAGAAGGAAAUGUUCAGCAAUAUCAAAGAGCGGAUUUGGAAGCUUAUGAACUCUUGGAAUGAAAAAAUAUUUUCUGCUGGUGGAAAGGAGAUCCUUUUAAAAGCUGUGGUGCAAUCAAUCCCUACCUAUGCAAUGAGUUGCUUUCGGUUGCCAGCCUAUUUUUGCAAGCAAGUUGAAUCAAUGAUGGCCAAUUUUUGGUGGGGCUUAACUGAAAAUGGUUCUCGGAUACAUUGGCGAUCAUGGAAUCUACUCUGCAAGUCUAAACUGGAAGGGGGUAUGGGAUUUCGGUCUUUCAUCCACUUCAACCAGGCGUUAUUAGCUAAACAAGCAUGGCGCAUUUUUGAAAAGCCACAUUCUCUUCUUGGCCGAAUCCUAAAGAGCAGGUACUUCCCAAACAAUAAUUUUCUUGAAGCAUCCUUGGGUCAUUCUCCCUCUCUCACAUGGCAAGGAAUCCACUGGGCUCGUGAGCUUCUCAUUAAAGGUUUACGAUGGAAAGUAGGUGAUGGCCGACAUAUCCAAUCAGGUUUUGACCCGUGGAUACCAGGUCACAAUACUUUUCUGCCCUUUCAUUACUCUGGGCCGUCGAAUGGGGUUGUUUCUAAUUUGAUUACUGAUGAGCGUCAAUGGGAUUUACCUUUACUUCAACAGUUUUUUUCAGCUUUGGAUGUGGAAAGAAUUUUAUCUGUGCCUCUGAGUUUUUUCAGCAGCAGAGAUGUUCUCAUAUGGCACCAUCAUAGCUCUGGCCUUUACACCGUUAAAUCGGGAUAUCAUCUUGCUGCUGACAUUGAUAUAAUUGAUCAAAGUUCAAGCUCUAACAGAGACUCUCAUUGGUGGAAAUUCUUUUGGUCAUUGCAACUCCCACCGAAGGUGAAAAUAUUUGCUUGGAGAGCUAUACAUGAUGCCCUUCCGGUUGCAACCUCCCUUGUGAAAAGGAAAGUAAUCACGGAUUCUACUUGCUCGGUUUGUAAACAAGCUUGGGAAUCGGUGGGACAUGCCCUCUUCUCUUGCAAAUAUGCCAAGGCUGUGUGGCGUCAUUCCAAUCUGGUUUUUGAUUGGCGCCUCUCUGCUGCCAUGUACAAAGGAGAUUACAUACUUCAUCUCUCCACAAUAUACUCAAAAGCUGAAAUGGAGCAAAUCUUUUGCUCACUUUGGACGAUAUGGACAGAGCGCAAUCGGAUCGUACAUGGUCACAAGGCACGACCAGCUAAGGAUCUUGCUUCUUAUGCUCUUACUGGCCCUGCUGCUACUUGCACAUACCAGCAACCACUGCAGUCCUCGGCCUCUGCUCCUUUAGCUCCUACAUCUUAUCAGCAGCCCCAGCCCCAAGUUGUUCCUGUUGCUCAACAAUGGCGCCCACCUGAAGCAAAUGGUUACAAAUUAAAUGUUGACGCUGCCAUUGAUGUACACCAGAAGGUAAUCGGGAUUGGUGCUAUCAUUAGAGACUCAAACGGUAAUGUUGUUGCUGCUUUUUCCAAACAACAGCCAGGCAAUUUCAGCUCACACGAAAUGGAAGCCAUUGCUCUUUUUCAAAGUUUGAAUUGGGUUAUCCAGCAACAACUGCCUAUAUCUCUGGUUGAAUCCGAUGCACUUAUGGUUGUCAAUGCAUUACGAGCUCCCUUCAAUUCAAUCUCAUCUUUUCAUGAUUUGAUUGUAGAUGUUUUAUGUCUUUUAUCCUUUCUCUCUGAUGUAACUAUCACACAUGUCAAACGGGAAGCCAAUAUGGCUGCCCAUUGCUUGGCAAAGUUUGCGUUAGGGGUGGAUGAGGCUUGUUUCUGGUUUGAGGAAAUCCCUCCACCAAUUUACUCUGUUAUUUGCUGGUUUGCUGCUGGUUUGGCGUCCGGAGUUGUUGCAGAUCAGACCUUUGGCAACUGGUUUGUUGCAGCAGCUGCUCGAUGGAAUGAUGAUAAUCUGAGGUUAGCCGUGAUGCUCUGCUGGGCUAUUUGGCAAGCCCGCAAUGACCAAGUUUGGAAAGGUAAUUCUAGGACUUCUCGUUAUAUUUUGGCAUUAGCUGGAGGUAAUCUUAAUCAAUGGAGAUACGCUCAAGACAAAACUUUUGUUCCCUCUCAAUUCAAUUUGAAACCGAAUGAGGGGGGUGAGCUUUGGACUAAACCCGUUGGAAAUACGAUUAAGAUCAAUGUUGAUGCCGCUAUUUUCGAGAGUCAAAAUCGUUAUGGAUAUGGUUGGGUUGCUAGAAAUAAUGAAGGAAGAUUGCUUUGGGCAAAAUCUAGUAGCUUUUGCGGGAAUGUUUCUGCUGAGUUUGCAGAAGCUUUGGGUUUGAAAGAAGUGCUGAGUUGGUUGAAGGAUAAUGAUCUCUCAAAUGUGGUGGUUGAGUCUGAUAGCUUGGUAACCAUACAAGCGGUUAGGAGUUCAAUUUUCUUUUCUUCAACAUUUGGUUUUUGUGUUACUGAAUGUCAAUCGUUGCUUUCAAACUUGUGUGAUGUUGAUUUAUGUUUUAUAAAACGAUCUGCGAAUCGUGUAGCUCACCAUCUUGCUAGAGCUUCCGUUUCUUAUGCUGAUUGUAUGUACAGGGAAUCUAAUGCCCCUGCUACGUUGAUGGAUGUACGUACUCGAGCCACCAUCUCAGCUACCUCCACUGCACAUAAUCCUCUAGUGGUCGAUGCUACCGUUGCUCCACCACCAACAAACGAAUCUGCUGACGAUUUGCAUCCACAUACAGAUCAUGCUCCUCCACCCAAUCCAGUCGAACAAAUCCCACAAGAAUAUAUUCAUGCUUCCAGAUCCAAUCCAGUCGAACAAUCCUCACAGGAACAGAUUCAUGUUCCUCGAUCCAAUCCAGUCGAUAGACCACCAUAUGAAGACAUUCGUUCUCCAUAUUACCUAAGUAACGCAGACCAUCCUGGAUUGGUUCUUGCUACUCCAAUCCUCACUGAUCGCAACUUUCAGCCAUGGAAAAGAGAUUUCAAGAUCUCCAUAGGUGCAAGAAACAAAACUCCAUUUUGGAAGUUCCAAAAAACAAAAGACCAAGACCUCAUUGCACUCACUGUCAAAAACCUGGCCAUUACAAAGACAAGUGCUAUUUUUGACAUGGCUUUCCCCCUGAAUAUGGAAAACAUUGAUCCAAUGAUACAUCUUCCAACAUCAAUAAGAAACCAAAAACUGGUUCUCUCCCCCGAACAACUCUUCAGACUCAUCAACUCUCAAUUUCACAAGGUGAUCCCCAACAUCUUAACUCAGUGCAGCUCAAUGUCAACAGCUGAUCUCCAUGCUAAGCCAUCAAUUGCAGCCAACUACUGA